AUGGCAUAUAUUAAGGUGCCAUCAGAUAUAACAAUACUUGAACACACAUACUCGAAAAAUAAUAAAAAGAAAAAAAUAUUUUUUUUGAAAAAACUUUUCAUUCAAUGUUCAUUUUUUACUAUUGGAAAUAAAUGUAACAAAUUAAAUAGUAAUGAUGUUAUUAAAGUUCUUUCAAAUGUUUAUUCAGUUGAUGUUUCGAAUAACCCAAAUGUUAACACAGCAAAUAUUUUAGACAUUUUAAACACGCGACAAAAAGAUAUAGAAAAGCAAGUUAAAUGCAAAAUGUAUUCCUUUGUUGGAUCUAUAUUGCUUCCGCUAUACAGCAUUAGAAUGUUUAAAUAUUACGACAUGAAAAGUAAACUAAUAAUGGUACCAUUUUUUUCAAUCAUGGGUAUGUAUUUGGGUUUAUUCACUGGGAAUUUAGUAACUGGAAGAUUCAAUGACUAUAAAAGGUCAAAGUUUUUGGGAACACUCCCUGCAAAUGUCUACUUGAAGAAUUAA